AUGAAGGCGAUCGUGACCUUGGAAAACGGGCAAUUCACACUGAAGGACGUACCCAUACCUCAGGCUUCGGCGGGUGAGAUCUUGGUCAAAAUUACCGCGAGUGCUCAAAACCCUGUGGACUGGAAGACCACCCUUUUGCACAAGAAGCCUAACAAUAUACUUGGCUGUGACUUCGCGGGCACAGUAGUUGAGCUCGGACCGGAGGUUCCUGAUACGUUGAGACACGUAGGCGAACGCGUCGCUGGAUGCGUACAGGGAGGGAUAGCUCCCAACGGCGCAUUUGCUGAAUAUGUUGUCAUGCAAGCCGCCCUGGCCAUCGCUCUCCCUGAUUCAGUGUCUUUCGAAGACGGGGCACAACUUGGCGUAGCAUGCUUCACAUCAUGUCUUGCCCUUUACGAUUGUCUCAAACUUCCUACGCCCGACCAUCCCGUUGAAGAGUCGAGCUCCGUGCUUAUAUGGUCCGGCACCUCUGCGACCGGACAGUAUGCCGUUCAAUUUGCGAAGCUGAGUGGUAUGCGAGUUAUCGCGACGGCGUCGCCGAAGCACUUCGAACUCGUCAAGGCUCUCGGGGCAGACGAAGUGUACGACUACGCCGACUCUCAGACCCCGAGGAAGAUAUUCGCCAGUACUCGCGGUUCCCUUCGGCACGCCAUGGACUGUUUCAGUCAAGAUAGAACGCCGAACCAAGUCAGCACGUCGCUGAGCAAGGAGGGCGGCACCAUUGCGACUCUGCUGCCCUAUGUCAGCAGGUCGAAAGGUGUUCAGACGCACCUGGUUCUCGCUUACACUAUUCUGGGGAAGGAGUUGACCUUCCCCUUCGCAUAUCCUGCUGUAGAGGAGCAUCGUCAAAGUGCCAUGGAAUACGCGAAGUUAAUCUCAGCACUCCUGGCGAAAGGGAAGCUCAAGCCCGUUCCAGUCAAAGUGUUCCCUAACGGACUGCAAAGCGUCCAUGACGGGUUUGAAUACAUGGGAGCAGGGAAGGUCCACGCGGAAAAGAUCACGUAUCGGAUUUCAGACACCCCGGGCAUAGAUUAA